UCUCCCUCGAACCGCUCUGAGAAGAGGUGUAUUUCAAAUGGACGCAUUGGCCGUUCCUGCAGACAGGCAUAAAGGAUGGUAUCUUUCUUUAAUGGCACCUAACACUAAGGGACCAACAUUUGCCUGGCUGGACCCGUCAAGACUCUACUGUAACUCCCAGGCUCUUGCGGACUGUGUCAAAGAUCUGCUCAGUCCAUUCCACAAUGACACUAUUGACCUAGUUGCUGGAAUAGAUGCAAUGGGAUUCAUUUUAGGUGCGUCUGUUGCCACCACCCUUGGAAAAGGUUUUCUGGCUAUCCGCAAAGCAGGACACCUGUGUGUCGCAACCCAAAACCAAAGCUACACAGACUACACAGGCAGAGAAAAGACUAUGGAAGUAAGACUGGAUGUGCUAAAACCAGGUGUGAGGGUGCUGUUAGUGGACCAAUGGAUAGAGACUGGAGGCACGAUGAAGGCUGCCAUCCAGCUGGUGGAGAGGUUUGGCGGCACUGUCGUAGGUGUAGCAGCUGUGGCAAUUGAAAACACUGAAGGGGGGAAGUGGAUUAAGGAAAAAUACAAAUUCUCUCACUGCAUCCCCGAAGAGCUCCAGAGCCAAAUCGAUAGGAAGCAUCUCGAUUCCUUCAAAAGCUUCAACAUCUGAACGAGGGAACAUUGCUUCUUAAAAGUUGCUAUACGAUAAGACAUACGUUUACCUGCAUAAACAUAUUGUAUUUAACUUUAACAAUGAUAUCUGUUUAAUAUGUUUCUUUUUUUUAAAUAAAAUAUGCAUUGGUGUGAUUUUAAUUGAACUGUUCUUAAACCUUAAUUUAAAAUGUAAACUUUAUUUCCAUAACAGAUGGCUGACAUUUUUUAUAACAU